ACACCGGCCUGCCCCCGGCUCACCGAGGGGAGGGAUGCGCCGCUGUUUGCUUGAAACGCCUGCACUCGCUGCUGACGAUUCUGUUACCCCCUACGUCGCUUUAAAAAAACAAACAUUUCAACCGGGCCGUUUAUUUUAACGUACGUUAAGACGCAGGGUUGCUUUUGUCUGGGCCGGUUGGGGAGGCGUUCCGCGUAACGUUCGUUGACGUCGGUUAGCUAACGGCAGCUAGGCACAAAGGCGGUUCAGGCAGCGACUAUCCGACGUUGAGCUAACAGUAACUAGCAUGCUAACAACACAGCCGGUGGGGACGAGCACUUCCUUCCGCAGCCUUGCCCGGGGUUAAUCUCAACCGCCGACUCGCUCAGUGGGUUACGCGAACCGUUUCGUAUGGUCGUUGUUUACCAGUAACCACUGACUCAAGUGGGGUUUCUUAGCUUUGUUUUAGCGGUCACCACUCAUGACCGGGCUAAUUGAAGCGGCGUUUAAUGUAUCGCUGGGGUCGUUGGCUGCAUGUUUUUCCGCUAGCCGCGGCGGGUCUUACGCGGGGAUGUGGCGGUAGCACAACAAGCUAACCGUCUCUGUGAAUGAAGUGAGUACGAGUAGUGCGAAAACACUUCAGCCAAGCGGGAGUUGUAUUUUAUUCUUUUAAUGUUUAUUGUGUGUCGGUAAUUGCUGUUCCGGGGGUGGGUGACGCUAGGGGCCAACCCGACAACCCUCGAGCACCGCUGAACUAAAACUGGGAAUAUCGCAAACACACCGCAGGGAUUAUUUUUUGUUGUUGUCUCCUAAUUGGAUUUCGGCCUCCCGAAAUCCGGAUCGUCGUGGGAACACCCCCGAGUGUUUUUUUUUUUUUUUUGACAUUGAGUGAGCCCUCUCUCCCGCCGACCUUCACCCUCCGAUGCGGGGUUCUCAGUAGCACCGGCGACCCGAUCCCCCUCCCCAACGGCGGCCGGUCAUGCUGAAGUGUAUCCCCCUGUGGCGCUGCAAUCGCCACGUCGAGUCGGUGGACAAGCGACAUUGCAACUUGCAGACUGUCCCCGAUGAGGUCUUCCGCUACAGUCGGAGUCUAGAGGAGCUUCUCCUCGACGCCAACCAGCUCAAGGAGCUGCCCAAGCCUUUCUUCAGACUACUGAACCUACGGAAGCUCGGCCUGAGUGACAAUGAGAUCCAGAGACUUCCCCCCGAGGUGGCCAACUUCAUGCAGCUGGUGGAGCUGGACAUCUCCAAAAAUGACAUUCCUGAGAUCCCGGAGAGCAUUAAGUUCUGCAAGGCCUUGGAGAUUGCAGACUUCAGUGGAAACCCACUGUCAAAAUUGCCGGAUGGUUUCACUCAACUCCGAGCGCUGGCUCACUUGGCACUCAACGACGUGUCGUUGCAGACGUUGCCCAACGACAUCGGAAACCUGGCCAACCUGGUGACGUUGGAGCUCAGGGAGAACCUGCUGAAGUCUCUGCCAACGUCGCUCUCUUUUCUGGUGAAACUGGAACAGCUGGACCUGGGCAGCAAUGAACUGGAAGUUUUGCCGGACACCCUCGGUGCUCUCCCCAACCUGAGGGAGCUGUGGCUGGACCAUAACCAGUUGUCCUCAUUACCCCCAGAGCUCGGGAACCUCCGGAGACUGGUGUGUCUGGAUGUGUCUGAGAAUUGCCUGAAGGAGCUUCCCUCAGAGCUCAACGGCCUCCUGGCUCUCACCGACCUGCUGCUCACACAGAACCUGCUGGAGGUCGUGCCUGACAGUAUAGGCUGUCUGAAACAGCUGUCCAUCUUGAAGGUGGACCAGAAUAAACUGACCCACCUGACGGAUUCGAUAGGCGAGUGUGAAAACCUCACAGAACUCGUCUUGACCGAGAACCUUUUACAGUCACUUCCUCGCUCGCUGGGCAAGCUGAAGAAGCUGACCAACCUGAAUGUAGACCGCAACCGCUUGGGCGGCGUGCCCAAGGAGCUGGGCGGCUGCGCCAGCCUCAACGUUCUCUCCCUGAGAGACAAUACCCUGGGAAAACUGCCCUCUGAGCUUGCAGAUGCCACCGAGCUGCAUGUGCUAGAUGUGGCUGGAAACAGAUUACAAAACCUGCCCUUCGCCCUGACAAACCUCAACCUGAAGGCCAUGUGGCUGGCAGAAAACCAGUCACAGCCAAUGCUCAAGUUCCAGACAGAAGAUGAUGAGCACACAGGAGAGAAGGUGCUGACCUGCUACUUGCUGCCCCAGCAGCCUUCUCCAAGCCUAGAGAACCUGCUGCAGAACAGCGUGGACGACAGCUGGACGGACACAAACCUGAACCGAGUGUCGGUCAUUCAGUUCCAGGAAGAGACCAAGGCGGCGGCGGAGGAAGAAGACGAUGAGGCUGCCGCGGAACGCAGGGGCCUUCAGCGUAGAGCCACACCCCACCCUAGUGAGCUGAAGGUGAUGAAGAAGGUUAUUGAGGAGCGGAGGAAUGAAGCCUACACAUCCAGACCUGACGGCGAGGAACAGUCCCCUGAUCCAGAGGAGAAACGGCUCAGUGACCUUUCCAAUCAGAGCAACGACUCCCAGGUGUCCAAUAGCACCCUGUCGGCCACUUCCCACGAGGAAAGACGAAACGCCACCGCGGCCUCGCAGAGGGGGGACAUGGUAGGUGGCCACUACCAUCGAGAUGAGGAAGAGCUGGAUGAGAUGGAGGUGGAAUACAUCGAGCCCUCGGUGCACUUUGCAGAGGAGCCCAUCAUCCGUGGUUUGAAUGAGGACGACGACGACUGUGGGGAGGACGGCGAGAGGAGUGAGGAGGACGAGAGGCCGGCUAUCCCCGCGGAGAAGCAGCGUCUGAUCAGAAAGGACACGCCGCACUACAAGAAGCACUUCAAGAUCAACAAGCUGCCCAAACCCGAGGCUGUGGCGGCGCUGCUGCAGGGCUUCAGUCCCACCGGCCUGAACUCCCCGAUGCAGGCCGCCGAGCAUGAGCAGGAGGAGGAGGAGGAGGAGGAGGAGGAAGAGCUAAGUUUGUGUACCCCUCAACACCAUCACAGAAUAGAGGAGCUCCAAGACAGCCGGCUGCAGGUCAACUCCAGUCAAGUGAAGGGGGUGUCAUUUGAUCAAGUCAAUAAUCUGCUGAUUGAACCUGCUCGAAUUGAGGAGGAAGAGCACAACCUGACCAUUGUGCGACAAACCGGCGGCCUGGGAAUCAGCAUUGCUGGAGGGAAAGGAUCCACGCCGUACAAGGGGGAUGACGAGGGAAUCUUCAUCUCCAGAGUAUCUGAAGAGGGUCCCGCAGCCAGAGCAGGCGUUAAAGUGGGAGACAAACUCCUAGAGGUGAACGGAGUGGACCUCCACCAAGCAGAACACCACACGGCGGUUGAAGCGCUCCGUAGCUCCGGCUCCACCGUGUCCAUGUCGGUGCUGCGAGAGCGAAUGGUGGAGCCGGAGAACGCCAUCACGACCACGCCGCUCAGGCCGGAGGACGACUACUUCCCGCGGGAGAGGCGGAGCAGCGGCAUCGCCUUCAACAUGGAGACGGCUCCCAGCGUGCCACACCAGCGCUUCUCCACCUGCCUCAUCCGAAACGACAAGGGGCUCGGGUUCAGCAUCGCCGGGGGCAAAGGCUCCACGCCCUACCGCACCGCGGACACGGGAAUCUACAUCUCUCGGAUCGCAGAAGGAGGAGCGGCACACAGAGACAGCACGCUGCAAGUAGGCGACAGGGUGAUCUCGAUCAAUGGUGUAGAAAUGACAGAGGCCAGGCAUGACCAGGCAGUAGCGCUCCUUACCGGCACCUCCCCCACCAUCUCCCUCCUGGUGGAGCGAGACCCCAAUGCACCGGGGGGCUCUCCGGGUCAAUCCCGGGCGCGAGCCCACUCCCCUCCACCGCCGGAGCCCUCGGAUUCCCCGGACCAGGAGGAGGACGGACUGAACAGUCAUGGGAACAACGUGGGUCGGAUGGAGGACGAGUAUCCCAUCGAAGAAGUAACCAUGCUGAAGUCAGGUGGCCCUCUGGGCCUGAGCAUCGUGGGAGGCAGUGAUCACGCCAGUCACCCCUUUGGCAUCAAUGAACCCGGAGUGUUCAUCUCAAAGGUGAUUCCUCACGGCCUGGCGUGUGAAAGUGGACUGCGCGUCGGGGACCGAAUUUUAGAAGUGAACGCCAUCGACCUGCGCCACGCCACGCACCAGGAGGCCGUGCGAGCGCUGCUGGCCAACAAGCAGGAGAUCCGCAUGUUAGUGCGCAGGGACCCGUCACCGCCGGGGAUGCAGGAGAUCAUGAUCCAGAAGCAGCCCGGGGAGAAGCUCGGCAUCAGUAUUCGGGGAGGGGCCAAGGGUCACGCAGGAAACCCAUUGGACUCCACAGACGAGGGCAUCUUCAUCUCCAAGGUGAGUUCGAGCGGCGCGGCAGCGAGAGACAGCCGACUGCAGGUUGGCAUGCGCAUCCUGGAGGUGAACAACCACAGCCUGCUGGGGAUGACACACACGGAGGCCGUGCGAGUGCUGCGCGCUGUGGGAGACUCUCUGGUCAUGCUCAUGUGCGACGGCUUCGACCCACAAAAGGUGGCCAGCGUGGAGGCCUCUCCCGGAAUCAUUGCCAACCCGUUCGCUUCAGGCAUCGUCCGUAAGAACAGUAUGGAAAGCAUCUCUUCAAUAGACCGAGACCUGAGCCCAGAGGAGAUGGAAAUCAUGCAGAAGGAGUCCGAGAUGGUGAGAGAGACCUCGCAGUGGGAGCGAGAAGAGAUGGAGAAAGUGGAGCGUAUGCGCUUGGAGCGUGAGGAGGCAACCCGCCUGCUAGAGGAGGAGACCGAGAACAUUGGAACUGGACCUCUAAAACUUGACUAUAAAACCCUGGCGGCUCUGCCCACCACCAGCCUGCAGAAGCUCAACAGGGCAGCUCCCUCUGAUUUCACCAGGACCGAGAGCCCGAUCCGAGAAGCCCCGUACUCCCCCACCACCCAACCGCCCAGCCACCACCCUUCCAACAGCUCCCUGCAUGCAGGCAGGGAGACGCGCUUCGCGAACCUUCAUUUCACCUCCACUCCUGCAUCCAACUCUGACAGCACGUCUUCAUCAACUCGGCCGGGGGCCAUCCAGCCCGUCGGCCGCGCGCGGCAGAGUCCCUCCCCCGCCACUCCGGACGGCCACAGUCCUAACCCCUUCCAGCAUGGUCCCUCCCCCUUCGACUCCCAGACCUCUCCUCGCGCCCCCUCCCCCACCUCGCCCGACGAGGUCCCCAUGAAUGUCAAGCAGGCGUACAAGGCGUUUGCCGCCGUGCCUCGCUCUCUGGCGGUGCUGGAGCCGCCCCAGGACCUGUAUGGCGUGAGGAACAACUUCCAUCCUAAGCAGACUUCUCCAGAGCCUGAGUUGAUCAACGAGGUGUUUGAUGAUGACAUAGACGGUCAGGAGGGGGCCGGUAGGGGUCCGACCAGCACGCUGCCCCUCUCCCCUGACCGCCGGGAGUACAUGAGCCUGGCAGCAGUGCCUCGCCUCUCCAGGCCUUCCUGGGACCCCAAGAGUCCGUCUCCUGGUGGUAAGUCCAGCCCGGAGCAGCGCUCCUUCAGGGACAGACAGAAGUACUUUGAGAUCGACGUGAAGCAGCAGACGCCAGAGAAACCCAAACCUCGCGUGUCUCUCGUUGGCGAAGAUGACCUCAAGAAAAUGAGGGAGGAAGAAGAGAGGAAGUUUGAGCAGCGGGCGCGGGAGUACCUGCUGGAUGAGGACGAGGACGAUGAGGAAGAGGACAUGGCUAAACAGGUGGCACAGAUGAAGGUGACUGGCAAAGUGUUGCUGGAUGGGGUCGAGUACAACGUGGAGCCAAUUGGCAGCCCGUCACAGCACCGGGCCACGCCCCCGGGCUACAAUGCCACGUCUCCGAGCUACAAUGCCACGCCCCCGGGCUACAAUGCCACGUCUCCGAGCUACAAUGCCACACCCCCGGGUUACAGCUCCACGUCCCCGAGCUACAAUGCCACGCUCCCGGGUUACAGCUCCACGUCCCCGAGCUACAAUGCCACGCUCCCGGGCUACAACACCAGCUACUGUGGCAGCUCCGGGCCCCCCUCUGUUGACGGGAAGGUGGAGUCCCAGAGGAAUUCACUGGAGGACGGCUUCAGGCUGGAGCAGAGGCCCACCUCCAUGACUGGCCUGAUCCCGGUGUACCCAGGAGACUCGGCGGCUCCCGUCCGCACGGCCAAAGCAGAGCGCCGACACCAGGAGAGGCUCCGCAUGCAGAGCCCGGAGCUGGCUGUGGCCCCCGACAGGGACCUGUCCCCGGCUGAGAAACGAGCUCUGGAGGCUGAGAAGAGAGCCAUGUGGAGGGCAGCACGGCCCUGUGGCCUAGAGGAGGAUGUUAGGCAGUAUGAGCAGGACCUGGCUAAGAGGCUCUACCAGGCCCGAGUGAGGGCAUCUCAGGGCACAGCAGACAACCCCCAGCCCCCCACCUCGUCUUCCUCCUCCUCUUCCUCUGCUGCAGCAGCCUCACAGCUCAGAAUGAAGUCUCUGGAGCAGGAUGCACUGAAAGCACAGAUGGUCAUCGCCAAGUCUCGUGACGGAAAGAAGCGCGGGACACUGGACCAGCUGACGGAGUCGCCGUCGCCGGCCCCCACGCCCUCUCCCACGCCCAUGGAAGAGCUCAGUCCUCGAGGAGUAACCUCUCCGGGACGGAUGUCCCUGUCGUCAAAGAAGUUUGACUACCGAACGUUUGCCGCCAUUCCUUCUUCCAAACCCGUGUACGACAUCCAGACCCCAGACGCUGUGGAGGAGCUGCAGUUCAUCGAUGACGGCUCCAGCAACCCAGGGGUCUACCUGGGAUAAGCUGCUCCUAGUGUGCCUGCUGUGAGCCCCGAGGUGCCUGCCACCUCAGCUCUGGAGGAGAUGGCCCUGUACAGCAACAAGCGCAAACUGAGGCAGGGCCGCCGCAGCCUGGAGACGGCCGUGCCCACGUAACCGCAGGAAGCUGAAGACACGUCUAUCCAGAGUCACUACACACUACAGCGUGAUUUACUUUCCGUAUAUAACCACUGCAGAGACCACACCUCGCUUAUAUCCCGCGUGCCUCUGGAUGAUGGCAGUGUGGUUAGUUUGGGCUGAUACUUACAGACCUUUGUUGUUGUAAACUGUUUUAUCAAGUAGGAGCUUUUUUCUUUAAAAGGUUGAAUUAAGUUUUAAAUUGAUUUCACACCUCAUUCAUUUUGCUGUUUAAGAAAAAAAAAAAAGCAUACUGGCAGCAAAACUAAAUGAGCUGUAGCUGUACUAACUAAAUGUUUAGGCUUUCAGUGAAUAGAUGUCAGGGGUUUCUUGAGACUUGGGUAGGCAGGAGUGUGUAUAUACACUCACCGGCCACUUUAUUAGGUACCCCAUGCUAGUAACGGGUUGGACCCCCUUUUGCCUUCAGAACUGCCUCAAUUCUUCGUGGCAUAGAUUCAACAAGGUGCUGGAAGCAUUCCUCAGGGAGUUUGGUCCAUAUUGACAUGAUGGCAUCACACAGUUGCCGCAGAUUUGUCGGCUGCAUAUCCAUGAUGCGAAUCUCCCGUUCGACCACAUCCCAAAGAUGCUCUAUUGGAUUGAGAUCUGGUGAUUGUGGAGGCCAUUUGAGUACAGCGAACUCAUUGUCAUGUUCAAGAAACCAGUCUGAGAUGAUUCCAGCUUUAUGACAUGGCGCUUUAUCCUGCUGAAAGUAGCCAUCAGAAGUUGGGUACAUUGUGGUCAUGAAGGGAUGGACAUGGUCAGCAACAAUACUCAGGUAGGCUGUGGCGUUGCAACGAUGCUCAAUUGGUACCAAGGGGCCCAAAGAGUGCCAAGAAAAUAUUCCCCACACCAUGACACCACCACCACCAGCCUGAACCGUUGAUACAAGGCAGGAUGGAUCCAUGCUUUCAUGUUGUAGACGCCAAAUUCUGACCCUACCAUCCGAAUGUCGCAGCAGAAAUCGAGACUCAUCAGACCAGGCAACGUUUUUCCAAUCUUCUAUUGUCCAAUUUUGAUGAGCUUGUGCAAAUUGUAGCCUCAGUUUCCUGUUCUUAGCUGAAAGGAGUGGCACCCGGUGUGGUCUUCUGCUGCUGUAGCCCAUCUGCCUCAAAGUUCGACGUACUGUGCGUUCAGAGAUGCUCUUAUGCCCACCUUGGUUGUAACGGGUGGUUAUUUGAGUCACUGUUGCCCUUCUAUCAGCUCGAACCAGUCUGGCCAUUCUCCUCUGACCUCUGGCAUCAACAAGGCAUUUCCGCCCACAGAACUGCCGCUCACUGGAUGUUUUUUCUUUUUCGGACCAUUCUCUGUAAACCCUAGAGAUGGUUGUGCGUGAAAAUCCCAGUAGAUUAGCAGUUUCUGAAAUACUCAGACCAGCCCUUCUGGCACCAACAAUCAUGCCACGUUCAAAGUCACUCAAAUCACCUUUCUUCCCCAUACUGAUGCUCGGUUUGAACUGCAGGAGAUUGUCUUGACAAUGUCUACAUGCCUAAAUGCACUGAGUUGCCGCCAUGUGAUUGGCUGCUUAGAAAUUAAGUGUUAAUGAGCAGUUGGACAGGUGUACCUAAUAAAGUGGCCGGUGAGUGUAUAUAUUAAUUGAGGAGGGAACAUCCUGCUACCUUCAGUCACACGUGGAGAACUAAAAACAAACAAAAACAAUAGUACAUAUCAUUGUUGCACUGCGUAGAUCUUAAUUUAUUGUUUUUAGCAUUUUAUUCAAAUUGAAGGCCUAUUUUAACCCAUGUGGUCCUUUUGGGCACAAAGCAUGACUGAUGCUAGUUUCCAAUAUAUGUAGGAGUGUCAUUUUCUCGAAGCUUUCAGCUAAUGAACACCAUGGCAUUUUAUAUAAACACAUUUUUCUAAAGAGAGACAUAUCUACACAUUAGAUUGCUUUGACUGAGUGCAGCCUUUAUGGGCCACACCUUUAACGGAUUGCAAUACAUUCCCCUGGGAGAGAAAAGGACUACGCAGUUACACAUUUCAUCAAGAGCUUUUAAUUAAUGGUACUUACCCAGUUACGGGAGUCAUUUACUUUUUAAUGUGAAUCAUUCAAAUCUAUCCUUGAACUACCUGGAGGGGAUGUGAAGGUAGCAGAUGUUUCAUUUUUCUGUCUAUGGAUAAUUUAAAAUCGGACGCCACUGAAAAAUAUUUUACUUGUGUGAAUAAUGUACAAAUACUAAAAGGAAAGCAAACUUUAGGUUUGAAACUGAGCCAGUCUUGAUUGAGGCCAAGUGUCUGGACUGCUGACUCAUCUUGGUGUGUAUAUUGGUUUGAUAAUGGGAGAGCUGGGAGAUGCAGAACCAAUCAGAAAUCCCUCAAGACUGUUCAUUCAUACGGUCAGUUUUUGCAGAAUCACAAGAUUGUAGCAUUUGUGUUAAUUUAAUGUAGGGUCUCCUAAUGACAACUUUCUAUGUUACUUUCAUUUUGACUUUUUUUUUUUAAAUCUUCUUUUCCAAAUGGGUUUCACUACAUUAUUCAUGCAAUGUUUAAAGUGUUUAUUCUUUUGACAAGUUGUCUUUGGGGGAAUCUAUUUGCAAAUAGGUUGGAGGGAAGGUCCCACAGUUUAAGGGGUAGAGGUCAUACAAGACUGUAACUAGUGAAUUUGUACAACCAAAGAAGUCUAUUUUGUGGUUCAGGAAUAAUAAAAUUUACUUUUCAUUUAAGAAGCGGA